AUGCCUUUGAUUAUCCAUGAAGGACAGGAGUUCAAUCUGUCUCACGAGGAACAGGACCAGCUGAACCAAUUUCAGAUGAUAACUACCUUCCCCGAUGCUGACCUACCGCUGAUCAUCAGACUUCUGCAGAAUCAUGGUUGGAAAUUGGAAAGAGCAAUGAGCUCCUAUUACGACAAUGACUGGAAGGCGUCAUUGGAGGCAGAAAAUUCGCAACCGGCAAUACCAGAAAGGCCUUCAACACCCAAUGUGAAUGUUUCUAUAGGGGAGCAGAAUCAAGAUUUGUCACCUUUUUUGAUCUCCGAUAUGAAUCUGGUCCCAUCUCUACCCAUUGUAAAACCAAUACCUGCAAAUUAUUUGGAGACUUAUUCAAUUGUUGGUUUAAAUAAAAGAAAAAAUGAGUCCUGGAAGAUAAUGCAAGAGAGCAGCCCUUUAUUAGUAAUACUAAUGUUUAUACCAAAGGUGCUGGGAAAACUUGGAAUUGGCAUAAUAUCGUUAUUGUGGGGCAUAAUUACGUUUGGAUUUCGAUCCAAUGUUGGGAAUGAAAAUAUGGUUUCAAAAGUUCCUUCACUUCCAAGUGGAAAUAACAUGCGUAUGGAAGAAAUACUGCCACAAAUCGCUGAUGAAAAUGCCAUGGGUCCCCUUUUAGACAUCCUCUGUACUAAAAUGACAUUCAACGAUGCGUUGAAAGAAUGCCAAGAAGAGUUCAAAUUUCUACUUGUGAUUUUGAUUGGAAAUAUUAGUUUACUAGAAUCAGAUGAACGUGACAAAAACUCGCAGCUGUUUUUAUCCAAGAUUAUAUCAGAACAAAAUGUUUUAUCUUUGUUGAAGUCUCAUGCCCAGGAUUUAGUGAUAUACGCAGGGUGCGUCGAAGAGCUCGAGCCGUGGUUGGUAGCCAAGCAGCUGAAAGUGAGAUAUACACCAGAAUGCCUUCUUGUUGGCAAUGUUUUGAACUCAAGUGGCUCUAUUAAUGGUGUUACAAGACUCUCAGUUUUAUCACGACUCAGAUUGACCUCUGCAAAAAGAUUUUACAAAUCUUUGAAGCUAUCAAUCGAAAGAUACAAUGCAGAGCUCCUUGUUAGUAGAAAUGAGCAGCAUGAACUACGUAUGGCGAGAGAAAUUAGAAGCAAACAGGAUGCAGCUUAUGAGGAGUCCCUAAGACAGCAGAAAGUUAAGGAUGAAAUGCGUCGAAAAGAAAAUGAGGAGAUCGUCGCAAAACAGAACAACGAGCUGGAACUCGAGAGAAAAAGAAAGUGGAAAGAAACAGCAAAGCAUUUGUUUUGGCUCCGCGCAUGUGUCAAUCUGCUUGACGAGAAGAUGCCGAUAUCAGGGACAAAAGAAGAUACUGCAACCCUACAAGCAAGAACCUCUCAAGGUUUGAGGAUGAUAUUAAAUUUUAAAAGCAAUACAACACUAUACACAAUUUAUGUUACGUUAGGAUGCUUUUUAUAUUUAAGUGAAACCAAGCUUGAUAGUGAACAAUGGAAAAGUAAAAUACGGAACAAAAUAAAAGAGCUGUCGAAAGACAUGUCAGUUCAAUGUUUUACCAGUCAAGAUAUUAUUCCUGAAUUUUCUGAUAUGCAAGAGAUGAAAAAACUGAUCGAGCAAGAAUUAAGCAAUGUUCCCGAGGUAUUUACUGGACAAACCUACGUUGACUUUGAUUUCGAACUAGUUUCACCAUUUCCUAGACAUGAGAUCCCUGCAAAUAGCACUGUCACUAUCAAAGAUGUAAACCAGCUGUGGCCUAAAGGAAGUGUGCUGAUCGAGGACGUAGUGACAGAGGACAGUGGAGGAGAUUCCGGCUCUGAGGAAGACGAUGCUUGA